GGAGAGGCGACGCGGCGGGAUGGAGGGGCUUAUCCCGCUCGUCAACCGGCUGCAGGACGCCUUCGCGGCGCUGGGCCAGAGCUGCCUGCUGGACCUGCCGCAGAUCGCUGUGGUGGGCGGGCAGAGCGCCGGCAAGAGCUCCGUGCUGGAAAACUGCGUCUCCAGGGAUUUUCUUCCACGAGGUUCUGGAAUUGUAACAAGACGACCAUUGGUCCUGCAACUCAUCACUGCCAAAACAGAGUAUGCUGAAUUUCUACACUGCAAAGGGAGGAAAUUUACUGAUUUUGAUGAAGUUCGUCAGGAAAUUGAAGUAGAAACAGAUAGAGUAACAGGAGUGAACAAAGGCAUUUCUUCAGUUCCUAUAAACUUAAGAAUAUAUUCUCCACAUGUAUUAAGCCUGACCCUUAUUGAUUUGCCGGGAAUCACUAAAGUGCCAGUAGGGGAUCAGCCUCCAGAUAUCGAGCAGCAGAUCAGAGACAUGAUAAUGCAGUUUAUCUCUCGCGAAAACUGUCUGAUACUGGCAGUGACUCCAGCUAACACUGAUCUGGCCAACUCAGAUGCACUGAAGUUAGCUAAGGAAGUGGACCCUCAAGGCCUUAGGACUAUCGGUGUGAUCACAAAACUGGAUCUGAUGGAUGAUGGAACAGAUGCAAGAGAAAUUCUAGAAAACAAACUGCUUCCUCUUCGUAGAGGUUAUAUUGGUGUUGUAAACAGAAGCCAGAAAGACAUUGAUGGGAAGAAGGACAUUAAGGCAGCUCUCCUAGCAGAAAGGAAAUUCUUUCUUUCCCACCCAGCAUAUAGGCACAUGGCAGAUCGGAUGGGAACACCCUAUCUCCAAAAAGUUCUAAACCAGCAACUUACCAAUCAUAUUCGGGAUACCCUCCCAGCCUUCAGAAGCAAACUUCAGAAUCAGCUGCUUUCUAUAGAACAUGAAGUAGAGGUAUACAAAAAUUUCAGACCAGAAGAUCCAACCAGAAAAACGAAAGCCCUGUUGCAGAUGGUACAACAGUUUUCAGUGGACUUUGAAAAAAGAAUCGAAGGAUCAGGAGAUCAGGUUGAUACAUUAGAACUUUCAGGAGGUGCCAAAAUCAAUCGUAUUUUCCAUGAACGUUUUCCUUUUGAACUAGUAAAGAUGGAAUUCAAUGAGAAGGAACUUCGGAGAGAAAUAAGUUAUGCCAUCAAGAACAUACAUGGUAUCAGAACAGGUUUGUUCACUCCAGAUAUGGCGUUUGAAGCCAUUGUUAAAAAACAGAUAGUCAAGCUGAAAGGACCUUGCUUAAAAAGUGUGGAUCUGGUCAUGCAAGAGUUAAUCAACACUGUCAAAAAGUGCACUAAAAAGUUGGCAACAUACCCAAGAUUGUGUGAGGAAACAGAAAGAAUUGUUGCUGGCUACAUUCGUGAAAGAGAAGAGAAGACCAAGGAUCAGGUGCUGCUGCUGAUUGAUAUUCAGGUUUCUUACAUCAACACCAACCAUGAAGACUUCAUUGGUUUUGCAAAUGCCCAACAAAGAAGCAGUCAGGUUAACAAAAGUGCAGUGGGAAAUCAGGGAACCAAUCUACCGCCUUCAAGGCAAAUUGUCAUCCGGAAAGGCUGGCUGACCAUCAACAAUAUUGGCAUCAUGAAAGGAGGAUCCAAGGAAUACUGGUUCGUUCUAACUGCAGAAAGCUUGUCCUGGUAUAAAGAUGAUGAGGAAAAAGAGAAGAAGUAUAUGCUUCCUUUGGACAACUUGAAAGUGCGAGAUGUUGAAAAGAGCUUCAUGUCUAGCAAGCAUGUCUUUGCAUUGUUUAACACUGAGCAGAGGAAUGUUUACAAGGAUUACCGUUUCCUUGAGCUAGCCUGUGACUCCCAAGAGGAGGUGGAUAGCUGGAAGGCAUCUCUGCUACGAGCCGGUGUCUAUCCUGAUAAAUCCUCAGGGAACAACAGAACCGAAAACGAUGAGAAUGGCCAAGCAGACAAUUUUUCAAUGGACCCCCAGCUGGAGAGACAGGUGGAGACAAUUCGAAAUCUUGUGGACUCCUAUAUGUCAAUUAUCAACAAAUGUAUCCGAGACUUGAUACCGAAAACAAUCAUGCAUCUUAUGAUCAAUAAUGUAAAAGAAUUUAUCAACGCAGAGCUCCUGGCUCACUUGUACUCUUCUGAGGACCAAAACACUCUAAUGGAGGAGUCGGCUGAACAGGCACAGAGGCGAGAUGAAAUGCUCCGCAUGUACCAAGCACUAAAGGAAGCCUUAGCAAUCAUUGGCGAUAUUAGCACUAGCACUGUCUCAACCCCUGCACCCCCUCCUGUAGAUGACUCUUGGCUUCAGCAGGCCCGCAGAUCACCUCCUCCAAGUCCCUCAACUCAGAGGAGGCCUACAUUAAACAACCCCCCAACCAGACCUUUAUCUGGCCGAGGACCUGCUCCUGCAAUCCCAUCUCCAGGCCCUCAGUCAGGGGCUCCCCCAGUCCCGUUCCGACCAGGACCAUUGCCUCAGUUUCCAAGUGGUGGUGAAGCUCUUGGAGGACCUCCCCAGGUUCCCUCUCGGCCAACCCGGGCUCCUCCCAGCAUCCCAAGUCGAAGACCACCCCCUUCACCAACUCGGCCCACUGUAAUUCGUCCAUUAGAUUCAUCCCUGUUAGACUAAAAGAAGUUUCUGGCAUGCCAUUCAUUGUUAACCAAAUACGUGGAAGCAAAUUGCUUGAUAACUGUUGCAAUAACCAAUGUAUAGUCGCAUGUAUGGACAUCUAUAGGCAAGUAACCAAUUUUACUGAUAUACUCUCUGUCCAUUCUGCAUUGUUUAUGAGAUCUUAAAUAUUUUGGGAAGGUCUGUGCUGCCUUGACUUUUCCUUUUGCAAUAGCUCAUGUUAGCUAACUUACUGACAUGUCUUCACCCAGGCGACCAUGCUCACAGUCCUGUACAGCAAAUGGAGGGCUUGACUUUGUGUGUAUUUGUGUGUGUUGGUUUGAUCUGCUUCUUUUUUCCCUCUUCUCUGAAAGGAAUCUUGCAUUCAUUCAUUUCAGGUUUUCUAUCGUUCGGAAUUACACAGUUAUGUCCAUUUUCUCUUUUAAUGGCUAAACUGGGCAAAGAAAAGCGAUGUAGUCUUACCAAGCUCUUCCGAAGGCCUCACACUUCCAUGUCUCUCUUGCAAGAAGCUUGCUGGAUGGCUGCUUCUCCUAUAAUUUCUCCUUAUCCAAAGUCUAGUUUUUAAGGAAUGUUGUUAAACAAGAAGUGUGUGUAUGGGACAAUGCGCGUUUUACUUUAUUUCCACAUUGGCAGCUGACAUGCAACAUAGAUUGGGUGGUUGGUAGUGACCAGGCUGUGGUGUUGCAGCAAGGAUGUGAAAGGGUAUUUUGAAGAACCAGUACAUAACAGAGCAGCGUGUGCCAGCUUGCUUUGUCCUCUGCUAGUGCUUGCUCACAUUCGUACUCCCACUGAACUUAUCGGAAGCCUUGGGGGUGAGUGUAUGAAAUAUGUAUAAAUGUACUGUACUGCAGGAUCCAGAGAACUGAGCGUUGCUUUUGGUCAUUUUGUGAGACAGAAGGAAAUAUAGAUACAGGUAUGAUAUGUUACGUUAUAUUAUAUGAUAUGGCACAGCACAGCUGUAAAUGGGCUACUGCUCCUCUGCCCAUUGUGUGAGCCAACUCACAGAGCUACAGCCUAGAUUUGCAUCUGAGCUUUCCAAGGGUCUGGUUUGGAUUUGAGAUAUUGCUCACACCAGUCGGUAAAGUUCCAUUAUGCCCCCUAUAUAAAGAUUUUCUCUUUGCAUCACUUGAAGUCCUGCACACCUCAGAUUAGGAUCACUUCUAUGAUAUAGGUACUAGAAGUACUCAGCUGUGUGGAUUAUUUUAGCAGAUGUUCGCUUGCAGAGGUCCUCUCUGCCUAUUGUUUUGCACGUUAUAUAUUAAUGCAUUGUAGAAACCUCUUGUCUUGACUGCAUUACUUCACUUUAAACAGUUAGGGUUAGCGUCACCCUUACAGCUUAAAACUUACUGAGUUAACAAAAUUAAACUAGAGAUUAAUUGGGCCUUGUUUCUUCCGAAAAUAUUAAUUGCUGUUAUUUCUAUUAUGGUUACAGAUCCCUAGGCAAAGCAAUUGGUGGUUUCAAAGGCCCCAGUCUAAUCAGUCUAAUAAAUUUAUUUAUUGAGACUGCAUGUAGGGCUCCAGUAUGCUGUAGCCCCAUGGUUAGGAAGAAUCUAACCAAAGACCCACAAUGAAUGGGGAUUUAGCCUACUAAGUAUUCCCAGUCUGCUGAUUAGCCGUGCUCACCACUGAAGCAAAUCAUGUUUCAGCUUGCAUAAGAGAGAUGAGCUUGGGAAAACAUCAUGAUUUGUAUGUUAGCUUAAAUUUAAUUUCCUGUCAACCUCAUACUUGUAACACAUGCCUGGGGAGCCUAGGGGUCAACAUGUGAAACACAGCGAAGAUGGAGUUUUGUCAGAGCACUGGCAUCUUGGUGAUCUCAGAAGACUGCUUAAGUGUUUGUUUGGAGAACAGACCCACAUCGCCAACACCAAAUGCACAGCAUCAGCUUUCAAAGAAAAAAAGGUUGCAAACCCAACUACUGUUGCAAACCUAUUGAUAUUUACUACAAAAAAAAAAAACCCAACAUAUUUGCUGUAACAAGCAAUGCACAUAUUAGAUGUAUUUUUAUAAAUAAUUAUAGUAGUUCCUGCUGUUGUCUAGCCAGCAAACCUGUAUAUAGUUUAUCAGAACUCUCUGUUACUGACGGGCAGCUGCCUGCUGACAGAAAGCCAAGCUUAGCACCACAGCCACAGAAAGUAAUUUUAACCCCAAAUUUUGAUAUUCAUUCAGUGAUACUGCAAGGCCAUGGUCUGGGUUUAUCCCACCCAUACCCCAAGCACUCAGUUUAGUUGUCCAAGGUCCCUUUUGUACAGUGGAAAGAGGCAGCACCUCCAGAAGGUGAUUCAGAUUGAUGCGGCUGCAUGGGAGAUGAGGGUGGGAAUGCUGGUAAGUUAGGAGCCUCAAUUAGAUGACACAGAUCCUGGCCUAAAAUCUUCUGUACUUGAGACUCCUUUAUUUACUUUGAUGACUCUUUCUGACAAGCAUAAGGAAGUAAAAGUGGCACAAUUCAGUGCUGUCCUUAACUCUGCCCCCAAAGAAAUUGUAUUUCUCAGCAGUAAUCCUGACUUGUAAAUGAUGCUCUCAAGGGUGGAUUCACCUGAAGGAGGAGGCAGUGAGGUGCCUGUGGCCCCAUCAUCAGCACCAUCUGGUUCUGCGCUUGAUGUUGAGGUUGUGGGACACAGCUGCACAGCCCUCCCUUCCUCUGCAUCCUUACUCAGAUCACACCUAAAUCUGGCCCUGGGUCCCAGACAUAAUACUUUUAGGUGUGCAGGUUAGUAAUUAACCUUGAGCACAGAUCCAGAGUUUGAUGAUUUUACCUCUAACUUCUUGCAUAUACGCUUUUCAGAAUAAACUACACAGAAUUGUUGUUUCUAGGAAAAAUGCUAAGUGCUUCCCAAGAAAUUGCCACAUCCAGUUGAAUAAGCACUGUCCUCCCAGCCUCAGCCCAUUUCCUCCUGGAACGGGUUGGUUUGUCCCGCUCCCUCUUCAUGCUGGCAAGUCAUGUCUCUCCCCUCCCUUGUUCUCAGAGCAGCCGUGGCAGCAACUUCCUCCAUGCCCAAAGGACAGCAGGACAAGCACUGUGUGGGUCUGCUAAAGGGACUGGUUACCUCAGACUGGCCACUGCCCCCUCUGCGGGCCCUCUUAUGCAGGGGGAACUAGGCCUGAACUCCCAUAUCUGAGAAGCAUGGGCUGCUCUCCCUUUCUUUGCUUCCCUGUGGCAAAGCUCAGAAGAUUGCCAGGGAGUAGUGAAGACUCCUGUUAAGCAACAGCAGGAUCUUAUGUGAGAUGUGUAAUUAGGUGGGUGAUAUACGCAGCUAAGUUUCAGGAGAGUGCUCAUCUAGUACUGCAUUUAGGCUAAGCCUCGGUCUCUGCCUGGAGAACAUGUUCCACCUUACUUCGUCAUGGCUGACCAACAGCUGAAGAGCUUGUACAUGCCAUAAAUAGCUCUUGGCCUUUGAUCUCAAGGGAUCUUGUGGUAGGAUUAAAAAGAUUGUAUGUUCAAUGAAAAGGCUUAUGUACAUAGUUAAUGUGUUUAUUUUAUUCCUGAUCUUGUUGCACUUUCUGAGUAAGCCUCAUAAAAGUAGAUUAUUUAUUAUAUUAAAGGAGAUACAUUACAGGUUAUGGCAUCACGUGUUAAAGUAUAACAUAGAAAAUAUUACACUCUAUUGCAGAUAGCUACACUAAACAAUGUGUAUACAACAUAUUGAGAUUACUGGCUAGUUCUGUCUUUUUGUGUUACAAUAGUACAAACCUCCUGAAUUGAAAGCAGACCUAUUUUGUAUCUGUGACACUGGGGAGGUCCAACCUCUCUGUGUGCUUAUAGCACAGUUCCUCCUGCUGUGGCAUUGAACCUCCUCCCCAGGCUCUAGCAGAACAGCUCCCUUGUGUAAAUGAAUGUUACUCUGCCUGUCUUUCCUCUUACUUUGUCUGCAGGCGAGGUGAUACCGAUGGCUCCUCCCGUCCAGACAGUCCUCCACUCUUGCUUGAUAUAUGAUUUGUUCCGUCUUGACGGCCAUUUACUUUACUGCCUGUCUCUUUACUUUUCCAGGACGGUGUAAACAGUGACUGCUUUUUGUAAGAAGCAAAUGCUUAAUUUCUUUCUGAAUUUUGCUCUGUCUGUUAAUGCCCUAUUUCACAUGAGCCAAAGCAUCCACCUUUGGUUUCAUAAUCUGUAAAUGGUUCCUGGUGUUGACCUUUGAGCACAAGUCGAUUCCUGAAACCAUGGUCAUUAUUGACCAUCACAUACACCUGCUGUAAAAAUGUUAAGCUGCAUUUCUGAACCUGAAAUAAACUGUAACUCUUGAUGGGCUUUUACUGUUA